CGGCCAAACAAAACCCCUUGCUCUCCUUUCUUCCUCUUUGUUUGUCUGCUAAUUUUCAUUUUCCUCCAUUGUUCGAAGAACCUUCUUCUUUCCCCUUUUCACACAAACCCUAGAAACAGAAAAAACGAAUCCCGAUUUCCAUGAUUGAUUUCUUAGAUUCCCCCAUUUCAAUCAACAUCUCCUGAAAAUUAAUCGCUUGAACAUUUGCAGAAUCAGAGAUUUUAGGAGUUGUGUUUCGGGUGAUUGAUUAGCUUCUCUGAUUUCUCGCAUUUUUUUUUUUGUGUUUGUUUUUAAUUCAAUCAAUCAAUCAAUCAUGACGCCUCUCCAACCACCGCCGGCCGCCGGAUCCGCCGCGAAUCGCGCAGUCCGUCCACGGCGGCGCCCUGGCCUAACCCUCCCUCUACCCCAGCGCGACCCGUCCCUCGCCGUUCCGCUUCCCCUGCCGCCGAGCUCAGCUCCCCCAACCUACCCUUCCUCCGUCGCGCAGCUGGAUUACUCCGAGCUGGAGCGGGUCAGCCGAAUCGGCAGCGGCGCCGGUGGCACCGUCUACAAAGUCCUCCACCGCCCUACCGGAAAAAUCUACGCCCUGAAGGUGAUCUACGGCAACCACGAGGACGCCGUCCGGAACCAGAUGCGCCGUGAAAUCCAGAUACUCGGCGACGUCGACAACCCUAACGUCGUGAGGUGCCACAACCUAAUCGACCACAACGGCGAAAUUCAGGUCCUCCUCGAGUACAUGGACAAAGGCUCCCUCGAGGGCACACACAUCCCCCAUGAACCCUCUCUAUCUGAUCUCGCCCGCCAGAUUCUCUGCGGACUGUACUACCUCCACAAGCGCAAAAUCGUCCACCGCGAUAUCAAGCCCUCCAAUCUACUGAUCAAUUCCCGAGGAAUCGUCAAGAUAGCCGAUUUCGGAGUGUCCAGAGUUCUAGCUCAAACAAUGGACCCCUGCAAUUCCUCUGUGGGAACAAUUGCUUACAUGAGUCCAGAGAGAAUCAACACAGAUCUAAACCAUGGCCGUUACGAUGGAUAUGCAGGGGAUAUCUGGAGUUCGGGGGUCAGCAUUCUCGAAUUCUACUUGGGGAAGUUUCCAUUUGCUGUUGGAAAAGGAGAUUGGGCAAGUCUCAUGUGUGCAAUCUGUAUGUCGCAGCCGCCCGAGGCGCCUCCUUCUUCGAGCAGAGAGUUUAGGGAUUUUAUUGCUUGCUGCCUUCAAAGGGAUCCGUCGAAGCGUUGGACCGCUUCUCAGCUUUUGAAGCAUCCAUUCAUUACGCUGCACGCCCCGCAGGCGAGGGGGAGCAAUCAGGUGCAUCAAUCUCAUCAGUUAUUACCCCCUGCUCGCCCACAUUUUUCGUCUGCUUGAUCGUUACCUAGUUUUUGGGAAUAUUUAUCGUUCUUUUUUGUUUCCCCCCUAAAUCUUGUUUUACUUGUCGAUUCUAUGAGGUCGAAGUAUGCAAACUUGAACUACAAAUAGAUCCUGAAUUUUGACGAUAAAGUGUUUUCGUGGCAAUGAAAUGAAUUCUAUUUUCGGUGAUCA